AUGGAGGAAUGGAAUCAAACCACCAGUGGAUUCUUCUUGCUGGGGUUGUUUCCCCCAACAAGAGCUCGCCUAUUUCUCUUCCUUCUGGUUUUUCUCAUCUUCCUGAUUGCAUUCUUAGGUAACUCAAUCAUGAUUCUCCUCAUUAGUGUGGAUCGCCACCUCCAUACUCCCAUGUACUUCCUACUGAGUCAUCUCUCCCUUAUGGACUUAAUGUAUAUUUGCAGUACAGUUCCCAAAAUGACUAUGAACUUCCUAUCUGGGGAUAAUUCAAUUUCCUUUGUUGGUUGUGGAUUCCAAAGUGUCUGUUUUUUACUCACAGGAGGGGUUGAAGCUCUACUACUAGUAGGCAUGGCCUAUGACCGUUAUGUGGCCAUUUGUCGCCCCCUGCACUAUCCUAUUCUAAUGAGCAAAAGAAUGUGCUUAUUCAUGAUUGCAGGGUCCUGGGUCUUCUCAUCCAUCAAUGCCAUAUCACACACAGUGUAUGCAUUCCAUAUUCCCUACUGUAAAUCCAGAGUUAUUAACCACUUCUUCUGUGACAUCCCAGCCAUGCUUCCUCUGGCUUGCAUUGAUACACAGACCUAUGAGUACACAGUGUUCUUUAGCACCAACAUAUUUCUUUUGGUCCCUUUCAUUGGCAUUAUGACAUCCUAUGGUCGAGUUCUCUUCGCUAUCUACCAUAUGCGCUCAUCCCAAGGGAAGAAGAAAGCUUUCACCACCUGUUCCACUCAUCUCACUGUGGUGACCUUCUACUAUGCCCCCUUUACCUAUACUUAUCUCCAGCCCCCAGCUUUCCGCUAUCCAGAAGAGGAUAAAAACUUGGCUGUCUUUUAUACCAUCCUCACCCCCAUGCUUAACCCCAUCAUCUACAGCCUAAGGAAUAAGGAGGUCUUGGGAGCCCUGAGGAGAGUCUUUGGGAAAGCCUUACCUAAGAAAGAAGAGCUUGGUUUAUAA